AUGGCUCUCUCUGCCCUUGAGCUGCCUAAUGAGAACAACAAAUGUGUUGCUCUUGUUUUAGAUAAAAAUGAAGAUCCAAGAGAAGAAAGGCCUACAAAAGAAAAUUUACUUGUGUCUGAUGAGCAGCCUGAUUAUGACACCAGUCUAAUUCAAUAUCCUGAUUUUCCUAAAUCAGUUUCAAAGGUAUGCAAAAAUGAUUUCUGUCAACUUGGAUGUAUUUGCAACAGUUUGAAGGUUUUGCCAAAAAAUGUAGAGAAAAAGCACUGUGGAAAAGUACAGUGUAUGUUUAGUUGCCACUGCCAACAUUUGACAAGAUCUAGGGCCCCUUUAUUUGCAUCUUUGUCUCCAAUAUUGGAUUCCAAGUUUUCAACUUACAGCUUGGAAUCGAUUAAAUUCUCCCCAAGAAUGACUCUCUAUUCUCCACAGGCACCAGCUAAGAAUGAAUUGCUGCUUAAUAACACUUCUGAUUUAGAGCAGAGCAAUCUCAAUAAAUCAGAUGGUGCUAUCAGAAAAGGAUUUCAAAUAAGUGAAAGCCACAGGAAAGUUUCUACCAAUGUUAGUGAAAAUGAAAAUGAACCUAAUGUUAGAAAAAGUAGAAGAGUGAAAGUAAACUUAAAGAGUUUAUUCGAAAUGGAGUCCAAUAAAGCAGAAAUAUCUACAAAUAAAAAAACAAGAACAAUUAAGAGUAAAAGGUCCCCAAGCUUGCCUGCUAGUGAAAUAACAUCUGGUUUAGCUUCCAAUCAGGAUCAAAAAAAUAGCGAAGAAUAUUUUGAGAUCUCAAGUGAGAGUGAAGAUGAAACAAACAUAAGGUCGAGAAAAUCAGAGCCCCUACCCACUACAAGUGCAAACAGACUCUUGGUUGAAGCACUGAAAAAAGGAGCAUCCAAUAAAGCGAAUGUGAAAAAACAGAGCGCUACUACUAAUACCCUUAAUAAUGCUAGAAGUAGUAGUAGAAAUAACACGCCACCUGAUGAUGAGAAUAUUGUAUGCUAUUUAGCCAAAAAAAUUGUUAUCAAGGAAGGACGAGAGAUAGAACUACAUCUUCUGAUGGAAACACGCGCAAAUUGUCAGUGGCUCGAUUACAAGCCUUCUCUAACAAAUGCCCUGUUUGAUCUUAUGUUUAAUAGAGAUGGACUGCCCAAUGGUAAAAGGUCGUUCUGUUGGAAAAGAUUUCGUAUAGAUAUCUAUCCGGUUCUAAAUAAGGGUUCAAAUAUUCCUGGUAGACUCAAAUCUUCAAUUAAUAUGGAUAAUCUUGAACAUAUUAAGAUUGAAAUCAAUCCGAGGACAGCAUCCGAUCAGACUAGAGUUAUGACAGCACCAAUUGUUUUAAAUGAUUCUCCUGUAAGAAAUUCUCCAAAUAUUUUGAGAUAUCCUGUUGCAAAUUCCAGUGACACUCAUACAACUCUGCGUAGGUCAGUUUUGCCAGAUGCCACCUCUCCUCCAGUUCUAACUAGCGCCAGUGAAUCAAUAUUUUUGCCACAGUCUCCAAUUGUUAAUAAUGUAUUAGUUUCAAAAUCACAAGCUAUUAUAGUGGAGGACGACCAAGAAGAUGAAGAAGAAGCUGCCAAUUAUUUAUCUCAAAAGACCUCACCACGAACCAUUAUUGCAAAUGGGUCUUCAUUUUGUGCUGACCCACCACACCUGGUAUCAAUCAUCGACCCUUUUAAAAAUCGGAAGAGUAAUUCCAUCAUUCCACCCAAAAUCUCCACACCUAGAGAUUCAAAUUAUCAAAAUUUGGUGAUAAAAGUGCCUAGUGCUGCUGGGAUUUCUGGCAGUAGUAGGUUUAAUUUUAAUGUAAAGAGUUUGACCCAGUCUAAACCAGUGUCAUUAAUAUCUAAUGCCAAUUUAUCUCAUGGCGUGCUAGAAAUGGAUAAAGAUUAUGAUGAUUGCUUGAUUUCAAAUCCUGACGACAACAUCAGCGUUGCCAAAUCAGUUUUAACUCCCCCACUCCCUAUUUCAAACAACUCUAGUAAUUCUGAUAGGACAAUUUUUAGCAAUGUCAAUCAGGAUAGCUAUUUAAUACUCAAACCAUUUAUUGAUGUUGACCACCAUUUUACUGUCAAUCCGUCUACUGCUAGUGCUGCUAUUGCUUCUCCUAUUCGUACGACAACAACGUCAACAAUAACACCAGCAGUAAAUGCUCCUAUUACCGCAGCCACAAAUGUAGCUACUGCUAGUGGGACUACACGUGCCGGUAGUGUCACCGUAUCUAGCAAUAAUUCAAAUACGUCAAAUUAUAAUGUGUUGACAACUUUGAAAAUGACUGAUUUCAGUUUAAAAGAUAAAACGUUCAAGAUUGUAGCUGUUAGACAGUUGAAUAAUAAUUCUAACUCGACUGAGAAAUCUGAGAAUCAGGCUCAUGUAACGUCAGCAUUGACCACGACCAGUCUGCCAACUACCGUUGAUAAUAAAAAUAAUAAUAGCAGUAUUUGUAGUAAUCUUAAUGCAAAUACCACAGUUAACAGAUCUGCCAAAAAAAUUUCGUCGUCCUUAUUAUCCAAUUCCUUUUUCGAGCUUGUAAAAAAUAUGAAUGACUCUUCAAAAAAUAGCAACAAUUCUGAUGAUGUGACCAAUGUAGCUCCUCGGCCUGCAGUUUUAACUCUUGAAAAAGAUGCAACAAAUACUUUGCAUAGUGAAUCAGAUGAUGCUUCAACGCAGAACCAUCAAGAAUCUUCUAAAGAAUCCAACUCUAAAAAAUUUGUGAAUUCUAACGCAUCAAAAUCCACUGACGAAUAUCAGACUAAAGUGGAUGACAAUUCUUUGGACAUUAAUGCCACAGAGAAAAUUCAUGCUAACGAUAGUAAGAUAGCUGUGAAAUCUUCAUCAGAUUCAUCAGAGUCACUUCAAACCAAAAAAACAAUUAUAUUACCGAAAAACCCUGUUCGUUAUUGUAAAUUGUUCACCUCGGCCAUUUCUGCUAAUGCUACCUCCAGUAAAACAUCCGCUGGUGGACCGAGAGCAGUUGAAUUAGAUGGUAUAACUGGCAUUCGUAGGGAUCAUCUCACGAAACCUAAGCCAAAUUUUCAACCAGUUCCAAUAAAAAUCUUCGCAAAAGAUUCUCAAAAAAUGGUUAAAAUGCUGUAUGUUGAGCCUCAUCAUAUCAGCUCUCCUAUGAAAAUUCAACCUGCAUUUAACCAAACGCCACCAUUAAAUUGUAUUGAAAUUACUGAUUCCGAGGAUGAAGAUGAUAAGAAACAAGCUAAGUUGACGAUGCCUGGAAAGUCUCAGCUACCAAGAAACAUGACACCAGGGACAAAUAUAGAUGAUGACGGUGAUUGUUACAAUGCUGCUCAUCGUGAUGAUGGAACUUCAUCGUCGUCAUCUUCAUUUUCAUUGUCGGAUAACUUUCCUACCGUUGCUAAUGGUACAAACGGCGAGGACGUAUUCAAUACCACUGUUAUUUCUAAUAUUUCCGCAGUUAAUAAUUCAUCUGCAACUACUACUACUCCAGCAGCUUACAGCUCACAGCAGUUCACUGCGGUUACUACUAAUAACAACAAUGUUAAUUAUAUUCUGUACAACGUUAACAAUAGCAGCAAUAGCGGUCGUGCGUGUUAUAAUAGAAACAUCAAUUCGUCAGUCAGUAAUUGUGAAGUUAUAAGUAUAUCUACUAGCAGUGAAAGCGUCCUAACUAAUGAACAGAGCAAUGCCCGUGAAGCUGAUGACGAUAACGGAAUCACAAUAAUCACAGAUGAUUAUGAUAAAAAGAUUUGCAAAGAGAAUGAUGAGCAAGUUGAAAAUGAAAAUUUUGUAAAAACAUUACUAAAUGCUGUUGCUGAUAGUGUGGUAGACCGACAAACAUUAACCGACAUAGCGAAAUGUCGUCAUGUGACAUCUGGCGUCAAAAAUAAAAAUGCUAACAGUACGUCAAGUAGCAUGGAUGUGGGCGAGUCUGACGCACUUGUCAUAACACUCUGUUCUGCUGAUAAUAAAAAUUCACAUAACGCAGAUAAUGACAGUUCGGAGUCUGGAUCAAAUGAAAAUAGAAGUCUGAAAAAAUAUUACAAUAUGCUCUACAAGGAGAUCAUCCAGAACGGCAGCGGUUCAGAGUUCAAGUCUAAGAAGAUGUCGAAAGUUGAAAUAUUGAAUAAAGCUAGAGAUGUGAUAGAAAGAUUAGAAAAGUCGAAAAACAGAAUUUGCAACGACCUUUUUGAUGAGAAACGGAGGAGGAACGAAUUGUUGAAGAAACUCAAGCAAAUUCGAGAUGCUUCAAAACAGCAGCAGCAGUCUGGUGUGGCUGGCGUUGUCAACAUAGACUGA